CGUACCCCCGAACCAGUCGGUCAAAGAACAAGAAGUCAGAACCCACAACUUCUGGAAACCACUUUAGACGACUUACUACGUCGUACGAAGAACAAGAAGAAAGGAAGACAAACCGAAUUGGAAGGAGCAGAUAUCAACGAGUUCUUCACGCCCGGAGCACCAAACCCUCCAACCCCAUCAGUACAGACCAACUCAGCCAACCAACAAGAGAAGACCACCGUCACCCCGAACGCCGCUGCCAGUAAAACCAGAAAAACGCCACAAGUGGAAACCGACAAGACACCAACCCCAAACAAGCAGAAUCCAGGAUCCACACAAUCUGCUGAUAGGAAUUCCACCGCCACUCCAUUACGCCUCCACACCACUCCUAAGAAGCGUAAUAUCGCAACUAAACUUCUGGAAGCUCUAAACAUCUCUCCACGAGAUCCCAAACUUGUAGUACAAAGUGAUACUCCCCGUAUUCUCAAGCACUCAGAGCUAAUCAAUCAAUCAAUAGCCCGUUCCAAAUCCACACUUGAAGCAUCUACCUCCUCCUCAGCCAAAUCUACUACGGUUUCCGACGUCCCCACCCUAUCUUCAACCCACCCGGAAACCGCUCCACAAACGAUCGCGGAUCGUCUCCUAUCCAAAUCUAUUAGUCCACCCAAUCCGCCACCCACGACUACGUCUACCCGGACAAGCCCCACCAGUCGCUCCGAAGAAGCCAGCAACCCAUCAGUCGUUGCUCUUUCAUCGGAUUCCUCUCCUGCAUCUUCAUCCGAUCACACGUACGUUCCUUCAACUUCCCCCUCAGGAACCGAAGAACAAUCAACGUCGCCACGAAGACCCACCGGAAGACCUUCACCUAAUCGCAGUCCAACCGUAGCCCCGCAGAUCAUGACUGUCGAGAAGGAUUUACCAGGAGCAGGAAAGAAAGCCAUCGCUGCCGUCAUCACAUCUCCACUCUGUCCCAAGUACGACGGAACUCUCAACUUCCGAGAGUUCGUUGAUGAUCUCAACACCUUCGCCAAUUCAUUUGGACUCGUCGUACCAGAACGGCUGACCAUACUACCUAUACUCUUACGAACCCCAGCGUCCAAAAAUGCUUACAAAGCACUGGACCCCGAGCUUCAACGCUGCGGUCCGUGGAACGCAAUCCUUGAGAAAUUAGCAGAUAAACUCUGCCCUAAAUACAGCCAGGAACCAGCUCUGAUCGAUCUCCAGAACACUGUACAAGGCGAUCUAUCAAUAGAAGCUUUCGCACACGUGCUGGAAAGGAAAUCCUACGAAGCUUUUGGCUACAACAAUCCGCUUAGGGACCAGACCCUCAAAACUACAUUCAUCCGAGGACUAAAACCUUCGCUUAGACGAAUAGUCAUGAGGGCCCGGCCAACUGACCUUAACGAAGCCAUCGAAAUCGCCAAAGAAGAGCAAUCCAUCAUCAACCAGACCACAGAGGACGAGGACAGGCUCAUCAACGCUGUCAACAGAAUUCUAGGACCAUAUGCACCUAGAGACCAAAGCCCACAGCCACCUCCCCGAAGACGGUUCUCCAACUACCAAGACGAUGGAAACUACAGAGGACCCACGUCAUCAGGACCACCACAGCCUCCCAGACGUGUCCACUGGAACCAAAGAAGCUUCAGAGAACCUAACAAUCAUCCAAGACAAUCAA